CGCUCAGCCAUGGUGUGAGGGCAGGGACUGAGCCGGCCCGGCCCGGCCCGGCUCGGCGGCGGCAGCAGCACCAUGUCGGGCCCGAGCGCCGUGUCGGACCCGCAGCACCCGGCGCGGCUGCUGCGGGCGCUCAGCUCGUUCCGGGAGGAGACGCGGUUCUGCGACGCGCACCUGGUGCUGGAGGGCGAGGAGAUCCCGGUGCAGAAGAACAUCCUGGCGGCCGCCAGCCCCUACAUCAGAACAAAAUUGAAUUACAAUCCUCCAAAGGAUGAUGGCUCAACGUACAAGAUUGAGCUCGAAGGGAUAUCUGUUGAUAUCAUGAAAGAGAUACUAGACUACAUCUUCAGUGGGCAGAUCAGGCUAAAUGAAGAAACUAUCCAAGAUGUGGUACAGGCAGCUGAUCUCCUGCUGCUUACAGACUUAAAAACUCUCUGCUGUGAGUUUUUAGAAGGUUGCAUAGCUGCUGAGAACUGUAUUGGUAUUCGGGACUUUGCACUGCACUAUUGUUUGCAUCAUGUUCACUACCUUGCCUCAGAGUAUCUGGAAACUCACUUUCGAGAUGUCAGCAGCACAGAGGAAUUCUUGGAACUGACUCCUCAAAAACUGAAAGAAGUGCUGUCCAUGGAAAAGCUCAAUGUUGGAAAUGAAAGAUACGUCUUUGAAGCGGUGAUUAGGUGGAUUUCUCAUGAUUCAGAAUCCAGAAAGGUCCACAUGAAGGAUGUGAUGUCGGCAGUGUGGGUGUCGGGGCUGGACGCGGCGUACCUGCGCGAGCAGAUGAUGAGCGAGCCGCUGGUGCGCGAGAUCGUCAAGGAGUGCAACAACAUCCCCCUGACACCCCCGCAGCAGGGAGAGGCCAUGCUGGCCUCCUUCAAGCCCCGCGGCUACUCCGAGUGCAUCGUCACUGUUGGGGGGGAAGAGAGAGUAUCACGGAAACCAACCUCAGUGAUGCGCUGUAUGUGUCCUCUUUACGAUCCCAAUAGACAGCUCUGGAUUGAACUUGCUCCCAUGAGUAUUCCAAGGAUCAAUCAUGGAGUAUUGUCAGCAGAAGGAUUUUUAUUUGUGCUUGGUGGUCAGGAUGAAAACAAGGGAACGCUAAGCUCUGGAGAGAAAUAUGAUCCAGACACCAAUUCAUGGAGUUCCUUACCACCAAUGCAUGAGGCACGACAUAAUUUUGGUGUGGUAGAGAUUGAUGGGAUUCUGUAUAUUCUGGGAGGUGAGGAUGGUGAAAGGGAGCUGAUCUCUAUGGAGAGCUAUGAUAUUUAUAGCCGGACCUGGACCAAGCAGCCAGACUUGACCAUGGUUAGAAAGAUUGGCUGCUAUGCAGCUAUGAAGAAGAAAAUCUAUGCAAUGGGUGGAGGCUCCUAUGGAAAACUCUUUGAAUCUGUGGAGUGUUACGACCCCAGGACUCAGCAGUGGACAGCAAUCUGUCCUCUCAAAGAGAGGAGAUUUGGGGCAGUGGCCUGUGGAGUUGCCUCUGAGCUUUAUGUAUUUGGUGGGGUCAGGAGUCGUGAUGACAGCCAAGCCAGUGAGAUGGUGACAUGCAAAUCAGAAUUUUAUCAUGAUGAGUUUAAAAGGUGGAUUUAUCUAAAUGACCAGAACCUAUGUAUCCCAACUAGCUCUUCUUUUGUGUAUGGAGCUGUGCCCAUCGGAGCCAGCAUAUACGUGAUUGGAGAUCUCGAUACAGGUACAAACUAUGACUAUGUUAGGGAAUUUAAGAGGAGCACGGGCACCUGGCAGCGCACCAAGCCGCUGUUCCCCUCGGACCUGCGCCGGACGGGCUGCGCUGCGCUGCGGAUCGCCAACUGCAAACUCUUCCGGCUGCAGCUGCAGCAGGGAUUGUUCCGCAUCCGCGUUCCUUCUCCGUGACCCGUGUGCUGCCAGGGGACCAGACUGGAAGAGUUCUGUGCAGUCCACCAUAAUCUAGCUCUAUUUAAAGGAAAAGCUGAGAAAUUACAGCUGAAAAUUACACUGUAUGCUGUGCUUUGGUAUGGUAACUGUUUUUGUUUUAAAUGCUUACAAAGCUUGAGUCUCAGUACUUGUUUCGGGAACAAAUAACUUAAGUACACAUUAAAGAGAAGAGAAGGGGGAAAAUAAAAGGGGAGAUCAAGGAAACACCUUCAGUCAUAACCAUUUGGGGUUUAAACUUUGUUACUGAAGGAGGAUUUUGUGUGUGAAACUGGUGGGAAUCGGUUUCCUUUGGCAAAGCUUAUUGAAAAGCAAAAAAAAAAAAAAAAGCUUUCAGGUGCGUUUCCCCUGCGGGGAACUGAUACGAAUCCAUGUGCUAUCUGGAACUGGAUAGCUGUAAUACACAGAAGCUACACGAUAACCAACCUCCCUGGUGUGCUGCUGUUGGAGCAUGAGGCCACAGGAGGCGUUGGUCAUUGCACCUUUUAUUUCUAGUCCUUUCUCAAAAGAUAAGGUCUGUGCCUAAAAAAAUGGUGGAGGUGUGUACAUACGGUUUUUCAUUCAUUUGCAAUGGUUUCAUUCUGACAAAUAUUUUUAAUAUAUAUAAAAUGGACUAAUCUGAAAUGGAUACACCCCGGAAAAUGGAUACAGUACACCACAAAGAAGUAAACAGUUUUUUCCUAUGCUGUCAUUCAAGUAGCCUGAUGAACUGGUCUGCAGGUGGGUGGUGUGUGCUUCUGGGUGGGCUUUGGUGGCUGUUUUCCUUGAAGUGAAAAGGGAAGACAUGUUUGGAACAGUUAGUGAUGAUUGCUGCUUUUGGUAAGAGCAAAAGGACAAACUAAGUAGAUUGUGUUCCUUUUUACUUCAGAUUGCUUGCAAGCUAAGAAUGGUUUUUAAGAAUGAGGAUUGUAGAAAGGUGUAUUUUAUGUCUCUUAGAACAAAGGUGAAAUAUGACAAGGAUAUAUUUAUUUUGCAAAAAACAUGGGGUUUGGACUAAGAGUUAAGGAAAAUGUGUACAGUGACUUUAAAUUGGGAUCAAAAGUUGGUUUACUAAUGAUUUCUGUGCUACAGUACAGUCUUGUUUACUGCUGUCUGAUUUUGAAAGCUGGGUUUUAUGGUGUGGUUAUAGUGAAGAACUUAGUAUCUUGCGUUUUAUUUCUUACUAAGCCUUGUUCACAUCAGUAGUGAUAUUUAAUUGACUUUUGUUUGUAGUCAAGAUCAGCUGGUAGAACAGUUUUACCUCAAUUUUUGAUUUCUUUGUUGUUGUGAUGGGUGGGACAUAACCUGUAUUUAUUUAAAAGGAAUAAAAUGGGAGAGACGGAAAAUAGAAAUAAUACCUCCUGCCCUUCAGAAAAAGAGACUUUGUACAACCAGUAUUAUAACUACAUACAAGACUUUCCACUCUGCAACUCUGUGGACCUCAGACAAGCCAAACUCUGCCCUCACUUGUGUUAGUGUAAACCUUCAUCAUCUUUAUUGAACUCGUCUUACAUACAUUGAAAUAUGAUCCCAAACUAGUUCAAAAUAUUGGUAUUUCACUAAAUAGUCCUGGAAGAGCCAUUCUGAAACUUAAUUCUGCUCAGUCCUUCCGUAGCACUGAUGUGGGGUUGGAAUGACUGGUUCCUCAGCAGAGGAGUGUGGGAGGGUGGGGAAAAGGGCAGCAGCCAAUCCACUGACCUUUUUUUAUUUUUAUUUUUAUAAUGCUGAAGUGCUGCAAAACUUGAACUAUAUACAUCGAUUUUCUGACCUAUAUUAGUUGGCAUAUUAAAAAGUUUAUAUAUUUAUGCAUUGCAGUAAACUUGGUGUGUGUAUAUAUAUGUCUUUAGAUUUUAAAUUUAUAUAUAAUGCUUUACUACAGAAAUGUGAACCACUAUUUCCAUCCUUGGCUGGCUUGUGAAAUAAAUCAAGUGCUGUUAGUUUAUCUGUUAAACUUCCCUUUUUUGAAAAAUCUUACAUGGAUCAAUUUUUUUUUCCUCAGACAAAGUGCCAAGAUCCCAUAUUCAAAAGUGAUGAAUGUUCCUAAGUAUCUGUUUCACUUUGAGCUCAGUUUUCUAAGUGGCUUGGAAAACUUCCGAAAAUGUUAUUCAGAAUAUUGCCAGCUGCUAUCUCCCGAGUCCCUGUAGCUUCCCAGUACACUUGAGGGCAUUCAGCAUCCAGAAAACGUAAGUGAUAAAUGCACAUGAUAAAUCCAAGUAAAUACUCUAGCAGUGUUUUGCAGUUCAAGUUACUGAACCAAAUGUUUACACUUAGAGUAGGAUUAACACUAGGUGUUCUUAAUGUGUUUUUUUUUAAAAGAAAACAUAAAUAAAACAAAUCUGCUGGUGAUUGGAGUGUGUUGCGAAUGCACUCAGUGAGAUUUGACCAAGAAAUUUAAGCCUCUGUACCUGAACCAGUCACAAACUGAAUUUCUGAGCACAUUGUAUUUGUGUUAUUUUCCAUGUGGCUGGAGACCAAGUGUCCAGGGAUGCUCUCCAGGGGUUUUGGGCACGUGCUCAAGAUUUAGGCACUCCUGAGAUCUCAAAACUGGCUUCCUUGGCCUUGCCUAGGGAUGGGACCAUUCCCCAUCUGCACUGUCUGUGGGACUGAUCCAGGAGCUGUUCUAGCCUCUGUUGUGUGCAGAAGGGAAGGGAUGUGUCUUCCUGUGUGUCUGUCUGUCUGUCCAGCUCUGAUCUGUGAGUGCAUCCCUUGGAUUGUGCAAUAACCAGGUUCCAUUUCCCUCUGAAUUUGGAGCGAGGCUCAGAAGCCGAGGCUCCCCUUUCUGCAGGGAUUGUACCACUGGUGGUGUAGGAGUGAAGAGGCAGAGCUCACCUCUGACUUCUCUUUCUCUUUUCCAAGGGGUGGUUGACUUCAGAAAGGGAGGGAGGCUGUGAUGGUACCAGAGGUGCUGAGAGCAGGGAGGUCACCAGUUUGCUGAGUGUUGGAUGUGCAAACAGCUGGAGAUUGAACUGGCUUCACUGGUAAAUGCCACCACUCAGCUGUCCCUGCUCUCCUGGCACUGUGUACCCCUGCACAUCAUGGCUGAGCCCCAUGGGAAACAACUCAGGAGUUUUUCUGAGUUGCAGUCUGGGGGUUUUAGGUGGUUUGGCAGUUUAGGAACUUGUUUAAGUUGUCCUUGCUUAGCACAGUGGCCUUAAUUCCUCCCAGCUCAUGAGUUGGCACUGACAUUCAGCCAGGUCCUCCACAGGUGACUGUUUGAAUGUGUGUCCUGGCCAGCUGUCCAUGCAGGAUGAGGACUGGCUGAGCCAAAUUGAGCUUGAGGCACUUGGGCUGGGCCUCUGCAUCUGUUUUCCUUUCCCUGGUGAGGAAUUGGACCAACCCCAGCUACUGAAAUCAGAAAAUCACCAAAUACAGGGUAGGAAUUGUGGAAGAUGGGACGAGUGGUGGUUUUUUUCUCCCCUCACUCCAUCUCUCCCCACAAUGCCCCCAAGAAAAGUUUCUUCCUUUUUUUCAUGUGCCACAGAUAAUUUUGGAAAAACUUUGGAAUUGUCAAUUUUAGGGGAAAAGUGGGGAAAAAAUAUAUGCUACUGUAAGCACACAGCAGUGGCCUCUGUGCUUGUUUUACCCUUGUAGCCAUGUUGCUGCUCUGCACAGCAGAGAGAGAUUACAGAAGCAGAGGUGUAAAGUGCUGUUGCUCUCAUAAAAUAAAUCCCUUGAGUUUCUGAGGGAGGCACAUGCCUGGCCUGGCUCUGUUCCUUACCUGGCCUUGACAGAUGCUCAUAUUCCUAAAGAGUCAGGGUUGGAUUUCAGAUCCUCUCCCUUGCUGGUUUUAUAACUUGAAGAAGAGGCAUCCUGAAGAGUCUUCUGUUUUGUUGUACCAUAGCAAGGUCUAGUUGUCCUUAAAUAUUUUGUCAGCUAAUCCUUACAUUUUAGUUAUUGUGAAAGUGCUGUGUCAGCCCAGCUGCUUCUGAUCUAGUGAAUUUCUGUAGCUUUGAGGGUUUAAAUUGAAGGCAAAUUAAUACAAAAUUACACAAAAGGACAGAGGUGAAUCUGAAACCAGAAGCUGAAAAUCAGCAAACUGAUAGCUGUGGGCAGGCUGUGUCCCUGGUGUUUGCACAGCACGUGCCUGGCACACAGCCUGCCUUCAGGAGCAGAGAUCUUGAUGAAAAUAAGGUUUUUAUCAGAGCUACUGAACCGCCUGGCUUAUGAACUCCCCCUCCAGAGCACACCAGGCAGCUUGGUUGCUUUGCAAUAUUUCUGGUGCCUGCAUGACUCAGUAAAUGCACAAGUACAGGACUGAGGGGUCUGGGGAGGUUUUCCCCUGUUUUAACUGCAGUUUCUCUGUUUGUUCCAUAAAUGCUGUGCAGGGGCUCUGCUACCAUGCAUGUGCCAUGCAGAGUGGAGGAUGCAAUAACAAAUCCAAGUCGUUACAAGUGCCAAACUUUUGGGUUCUUCUGUGUAUAACAAUAAUUCAACUGUUCUACUAAAAUACAGAUGUGCUUAAAAUUCACUGUGUUCCAAAAAAGAGCAGUGGUUCUUUUUUUCAAAUGAAUGCUAUUGAAAGCAAUGUAAAUCUGAUUUUUUUUUUAAUACUGUUCUGCAGGUUUGUGUUACUCUUCACAGCUGCCUUGAGUAUCACUCCAUGUGAUGCAUAUGGACACUUUGCUCUUUACUAGAGCACUGGUGCCAUGCAAGUACAUAAUAAAAGGCAGCUGACAACAGGCUUUAGUAUUUAAAAUUAUAACUGUUUAGAUUAAGUGCAAUUUGUUUGCAUUUAUCGACCUGCAGAAGGAAACUGUGCCUCGGGAAAUGUGGCUGUGCCCAGGGACGCAGGCAGACUGAGCAUUGUAACUAAGGUGUGGUUUGGUGCCACUCACAGCAAUGCUUUCCAAGGAAUUAUAUUUAAUUUAGUGUUAAAUGGAUCCUUUCUGCCUCUAAUUUAGCACUGAGGAUUUGGGGGUUGUGUGCUCUUUAGCUCUUUGGAGCACUUAAAUGGCUACUUCAGGUGGGUGGGAGGGGUGUUAAUUGCAUCCGUGUUUGUAGAAGCUGCUAUUUCCAUCUUCCCAAAGGAGUAUUUCCUUUUCCCGUUCAGGGCUGAGUACAGGCCUGUGUUUCAGUCGUCACUGCUGCAGCCUUUUGACAUUUGCCAUUUUCUGAUGCUCUUCCUUGUUUUUUCUUGGAGCUGUGUUUCCAGGGCACAUGGUCUGUGAGAGAAGAGCACAGGGCUUGGGAAGGUGAGCCAGUAAAAGCUGAAGGCAGUGGGGUUUGGGGGAAACUGCUCAUUUUCUGUGGGGGUCACCUCUGUGUGCUCUGAAGUGUAUUAAUAAGUUUGGCACCUACUCUCCUUCAUCCCUGUGGGUUUUGGUGUGGGUUUUUUCUUUUUCUUUUUUCUUUUUCCCCUGGGAAAUUCCUUGCUGUAGGAAGGAUUGUAGCCAGGAUUUAAGGUGACACCUCUGACCAGCCAUGCCCAGUGUGACACUGCUGCUGUGCUCCCGCAAUCAAUUCUCUCCAAAUUUUGAUGAAUAAAUUACCUAAAAAACAUAGACUAAAGCCAUUCAGCUAGAUUAACACCUGGUCAAAAGGAUCAAGGGUAACAAAAGAACUAAACUGUGAGCCACUACCAAUAGACGAGUAUAUUGAAAAAUUAUCAGUGAUACAAAAUAUGAAUAAUAUUUUUUAAAAUUACUUAUUCUUGGCAGCUGCUUUUUAGUUAUAAAACUAUUUGCAAUAUAUAAAGGACUUGUAUAGAGUAAUAUUUGGAGGUGAUUUGAAAUAAUCUAUUGAAAUGUCUUGAAAAGUGAGCUGGAAGAUUGGAGCUUUUCAAUGGAAAAAGGCUAAAUCUUGAUGGCCAGCAGUUUUGCAGAGAACACCUGCCAGAGCACUUCAGUCCAUGAAGCUGCUCAAUGCCACUGCCUACCUGUGCCCUUGAAUUUGCAUAAUGAAAUGAGGCUGUUCUGAGCCCUGGUAAAAGCUGACAGGUCUGAUUACAAUAAUAGAAAGAAGAAUCCCCUGUGUGUAAUUAGUGUUAUUUUAUUGAUAAAACAUGAAUUUAUUUUUUUUUUUAAUACUGGCAUCUUUUUAAUUACCACCUUAGGCACUUACUUAAUUUCUUUAAAGUUUGACUUUCCUCCAUUUCUUUUGAGUUAAUGCUGAGACAACCUCAGUUUUUGUCGAGGGCAAGUUUCUUUCAUCUGUAGUUCUAAACCUGUCAGAGCCUGACCGACCUCCUGCCACCGGCUGUGCACUUGUUUCACAAGUGUCAUUGCUGUGCAUUCUGUUAUUGGGCUGCCAAUUUCAGAACAGAAAAAAAAACAAAAACCCCUGUGGAACAAAUUUGUACCUGAUGAAAACAAAAGCCAUUUUGGAAAGUUUAAAUUUCCAUCUGCAAUAGGUAGCGUGCUACAAAAACCUGAUCCUUGGCUGGGCUAGAGGAUCUGUUCUGAACAACCUCACAUGCAAAAGCUUUGGGUUUAAUUAAUCUGCUUUAUGAAUUUACACAUGAUAUCAGGAAAGCGUUAUCAUCCCUGUCACUCCUUUUUCUGGUUUUAUGCCUUAAAAAGCAAAGCCUGCUUAUUUAUUAGAGUGAAUGAAGCAGUGCACAGGGGUAUCUGCUGAGGUGAUCAAGUUAAACACAGCUGACAUUCUGUAAAGCUCUUGCUAUAGUUUCUUUCUGAGGGGAAGCCAGGGAUUGCCCUCUUAAGAAAUACUUUCAAACCCUUUCAGAGCUGGUCUUAAACUAGUCCAAAGGACUCCUGACUCCUUUGGGUUGCUUAGAGAACAUGAAGUCUGUUCUACCUUUUGUUUGCUUGGGGAAACACCUGCUAAGUCAAUUUUAACCUUUUUUUUUUUUUUAAUCUUGACUUCCAAAACCUGAGUGGUUUGCCUCUUGCAAUUGAAACAUGUUUGUAUUUAAGGGUCUGAGUACUGCGUUUUGCAAUGCAUGGUCCUGCCUUGGUUACAUGAUGUAAACAGCAAGCUGUGUUCUGGGGGGCUCCUGGAAGCUCCUUUACAGGGCUGAAGGGGAGAAGGUUCAGUACAAGAUUCUCUUACACUGCACAAGCCUUGCUGUGAGUGUCAGAUGGGGCAGGAGGCUGGGUUUGGGACAGAACUCAUGGAAUUGCCACCACUGGCUGCCCUCACUGUUUGGACCCCCAAAGCCCAUCAGGGGCAGGUCCUGGGUGUUCCAUGCACAAUGUUUCCUCUGGCCUCAGGCGUUUUCUCUUUUGCUGUUAUUACAGGAUUUUGCUUUCACUCUCCCUCUGAACACAGAGCCUGUGCCCAUGGGCCUGGGAGCACAGCUCCUGUGGGUCAGAAGGUGGCCACACCAACUUCUCCCUCUGGCUUUUGCACAUCUCUGCACAUCAGUGUGUGUGGGGACAGUGCUUAGUACGCAAUGAAAUGACUUUUCAUGGAGCUGGUAAAACUGAUGCCAGCAGGUCAGAGAUCACCUGAACACCUGUAAGCAAAGCUGCAGGUAGAGCAGGUGUAGCCCAGUCCCUCGUGUGUGUCACUGUGGCUGGAAGCCUUGUCCUGGGGGGAAAAGCUCCUAUUCCCAGCUACCUCAUUUUUAGUUUCUUUGCACUUUGUUAAAUAUUUUUUAUUUUGUUUUGUUUUAAAUCACAUUUUGUCCUUCAAUUAAAAAAAAUCUAAAAGCAGACAAGAAGCAGGACAGAAUGGUACUAUUGCCCAAGGACAGUUUAAUUUCAUUUUAAAUUAAUGUUUCUGUACAAAAAGACCAAGGUUGACCUGCAGCUGCUGUAAAAAAUAAAUAAAAAUCUCUAUUACUUGAUAGUAACUAUUUUACUUGGAAAUGAGAGUAGCAAUUGAAAGGCUGUCUUGAUGAUAUUUAAAUAGGAAGAGAUCUGUUUAAAAAAUAGAAGUCUCUGCUCUUUUAAGGACAGAUCAGAUAGUUUUCUCUCUGCCUGUACUCUGCUCUCACUGUUUUGCCUGUGAACUUGAUACAUUAUCUCAAUAGAGAGAAUCACUGAUUUUUCUGUAAUGUCUAAUUAGAUAUUUUUCUGUGGAGUUCCCCAUUUAAUCACCUGCAGAGGCAAAGCUGUUCAAAUCAAUACCUACAUUCCAUACCUGAACUUAUGUCAUUGACCAUUUCUUUGUGAUCUUCAGGUAUGUGGGGUUUUGCUUAGAUUGAAAAAGUUUUUUAAGAAGUGUCUUUUCUUCUGCUUCUAAAGGUGCUAUUUUGACAUAGUUUUGAAUUCCUUACACUGUGCUUGACUUCUAAAGUACCAAUAUAAGCUGGUAAUCAGCUUGUGUUUGUUCUGUGGAGUUUUUCUUUGAGUAUUCAAUCUCUAUUUUGAAAAGCAUCCCUUUUCAUAAAGAUGGCUUCCAAACUGUCAAAGGCCUUAAGAAUACAAAAGAUAAUGGAAAAUGCUACCUUCUUCCUUUCUUUGUAAAGGCAAAACCAAGAAAUGCUUCAUAGAAAACAUCUUCCUCUAAAAUUUUGAGGAGCAGCUCAUACUAACUUUGAAUUCAAUGUAGCAAACAUUUUAGUGGCCAUGCACAAAUAGUAGGGGUGAAACAAGGAGCUAUUCAUAACUCUGCAGACUGUACCAAUUAGCUGCUAAUUCCAGAGCCUUCCAUCAACAUCAUGCUGGCAAUUCCAUAAAUAUUCAUCUUCCCAGGCUUGGUCCCAGGACGUGGCUGUGUGUCUGGGACACGCUGACCCAUGUGGCUGGCAGAUCACUGGGAUGUAUGGCCCAGUGUGGGGUUUGUCUCUGACCCCUCCUGCUCAGCCUCCAGGGUUUGGGUGCCACAGGUGCUCAGGAGGAAGGAGGAGGGAGCUCCAAGUGCUGCCGUUGCAGUGACAUUAGCUUUGGCACUCCAGGGACAGGCUCUUGUAGACACAAGCCAUGGAGGAGAGAGCUGAAUUUUAGUCCUGCAUAGGAACUUUGUUGUCCUUUUUAUGCUGUCUAUUUUUGUCUGAUCCGUAUUAUCAGGUUGGUUUAGGCCUUUGGUAACUGUUACAGGAAGGUUUUUCUUUCUCUGAAGCACAUAAAGUCCUACUCCUGCCCUGUCUGAAGCAGCAGGAAGGAUCAAGGGUUGAUGUUUGAAUUUGUCCCAUCUCCACACAGCAGGUUAUUUAUUGCCUUCUUGUGGGCUCUGCAGUCCCAGUGCUGUAGCAUUUCUCAGCUGUGUUACUCUAAGAGCCCUUUAGCUUUUGAAAAGAGUCCAGAGACUGCCUUGUCCUUCUCCUUCACACAUUGGGUGCUGCCCUCUGGACCAUCCGAGCUCAUCCAGGCUGUCACUGCAGAGGAGCCACCGGUUGGUGGCCUCACAGGAGUAUCUGUGUUACCUGCACAGCUGAAAAACAGCUGAUAAGUGAGGGGCCGUGGAGAAGCUCUACUGGGCUAGCAAAUUCCUGAUCCUCAGUCUAGGGAAGGCUGAGGAGCAGCAUCAUUCCUUGCCUUGCAGCUGCUCUCUGCUGCACAGGUAAGGAUGACUCCACACUGUCCCUUACAUAAGGGUCAGUAUAAAGAUUUAUGGGCUGUUCAAGGAGAUCCACUAUUUUGCAUUUGUUGUAUUUAAAUCUGAAACUUCUGGAGCUAUGGAACUGUGGGUUCUGGAACUAUGUCUGCAGUGUGGAACCACAGUUACUUGUCUAAAGAGCUGCGGAGGUUCUGGCCACCUGUUUUUCUACUGCACUUUUUUCUUUUUUUGAUAAAUCAGAGAUGUGAAACUGCAUCCCAGUUUGUAUGCCCACUGCUUCGUAACCCAGAGUGGGACCCUGAUAAGCUGGAAUUGUUUUAUUUUACCUUCAGAAGGAAAAACUAAAAUUUCAUCACAUUAGAUGCUGUAUCUUCAGAGUUUUCCCUCAGUAAACCAUAUUUAUUGAGUCCCAUGGAUCUUAUGGGAUUGGGUUAAAGAAUAUGACUGUAUUAUAAGAAUGAUAACUAGUGUACUUAGCCUGACUUUGUACAGUACAAAUAGUCUCUUAUAUCUUAAGAGAAUGAAACAACUAUUGAAUAAUCCAAUUGUGAUAUCUGUAUUCCAUGAACCAAGUAAUAGGAGGGUGUUGGAAUGUGAUGUCACAUUCCUGCCCCUCUCCUAAAGGUUCAAUGUUCUGUCAAAUCUAAGAUCUUGAUAAUUACCAGGAUAUUGUCAGAAUAUAUUGCUACCUUUUCUACAAAAGGCACAUUGGUGUGGUGAGGUAAAAACACUCACCUGUUCUUUACCAUCUGUGGCAUGCAGCUGGACAGCAAGAGUUAUCCCCAUCAUCCAGCUGUCAUGUUGACUCCUGUAUAACAGAUGUGGUUACUGUUACAGGCUUUUUAUGUAUGUACAUGUUCUGUGGGUCCUUCUGUGCUUUGUGUGGGAAUGGAGUUUUAGCUUUUAUGUGUCCACCCCAAAAUCGUUAGAAAUGAAUUGAUUAAUCACUUGGGGGCAGGGUUUGGAAUGCUCUGAUUGGAGUAUGUUCUGUUUAAAACAGGGAAAAAUAAGACAUAAAUGCUCUUUAACCUCAAUCAAACUAUGCAAUACAGCACACCAGAGAGCUGAAUUCCUUGUGAUACAGAAGUGCAGCUCCUGUGUCCUUCCAAACCCAGUCCUUGGUCCAAGGUUAGGAGAGCUUGUACUCAAUGGCUGCCCAAGAAUCUCGUAGCCAGAUCAACUCCAGUUCACUGCUUUUGCUCCUGCCCCCUUGCCUGGCCCAGCAGUUUAGCUGAGUCAGGUUAUUGGGUGUUUUGGCUUGGAAUGAUGUGAUCUCCAUGUGUGUCCCUCCUGUUGUCCCAUGGUGUUGUCAGCUGGAGCUUGUCCUGUAACCCCACCGGCCACUUCACCAGUUUGCACCUCCCUGCCCUCGAGCAUGUCAGGUGUUUGGGGCUUGCUGUGCCCCCUGGGUUGUUGUCUUGCUUUCCCUGUGUCAGUCAGUUGUGGAUCUGGUGCUUACAGUAAAGAAUCCCUGUGAUGUCUCCAAUCAGUCCAAGUAUGUUUUCAUUUCUGCUGCUUCUGUGUGAGUUGGAUUUUUUUGCUUCUGUGGCAAUUCAGUGAUAAAUGCCCUUGUGGUCAGGACUGCUGGUAAAGGUUCUCUGUUCUCCCACUGCUUCAUUUUUCAAAUGAAAUUUGUUCCUUGAGUUCCUCUUCUUCCCCCCAUUAAAAACGGGUACAGUUUUUCCUGGUUCUGCCUCCUGUGAGGAGCUCUCCUCUCCCACGUGAUCCUGAAUUCUUCAUUCACUGAACCCACCCUGGACCUCGUACAGUUUCUGCCUCCUAACUCCCUUUACUAUUUUGUCUCUCUUUAAUUCAGAUUGACCUCGAUUCCUUUCUCUGAUUCCAGACAGGGAUUUUGGUGCAUAGCCUGGGAGACAAGCAGGAAAGCUCUUUCUGUGUGCAUCCAUUCCCUCCCCAGCACACGCAGUGUAAGGGGCUCAGCCUGUUCCAUUCCUUCCCCCAGGUUUUCCUAGUGCUAAGCAGACCACAGGCUGAAGCCAUUUCUUAUUUCUUUUGGUAACUGAAAAUAUUAGGAGAUUUUCUUCUUCAGAAAUAGCCACUGCAGGUAAGCAGCUGGCAUGAGAGAGGGUUGUUAUGCUUCCAUAUUCAGUAUUUUUAAUUGAGGAGCAAAUAAUUUAUUUUGGGGGAAAAUGUAAAUUUUUUUGUAUUUGUACGUCAAAGUGGCCUUUAUAGGAAAAGCACAUAAAAUAUUUAGAUUAAAAUUGCUUAGUUGUGUAAUUUCAGUGGGGAUUUUUGUAUUGACAGGGUUUCUAUGCAUUUUUCAAAAUAUACUUGCUGUUUUGUGUUAGAAUUAUUGGAAAUCUUUUAAAAAACAUGUAUUACUACAUUUUCCAUGGUUGAUCCCUUUACUAUCAUUCCUUUUGAAUACUAAAAAGAUUUUAAUUAACCCUGUAAAUUAUUUUUCCCCACAAAUAUUUGCAUUAAGUCAGUAUAAUGAGUUAUAGCAUGGGUAUGUAGCUUUAAGGGAAUGUGCCUAGUAGUGCAGCUUAAUUCUGGAGAGAUGUGUUUGCAGAAGGGCGGUACAGCAGCAUUUCACUUGCACUUAAAACACUAAAUUAGAAAAUUAAGUUUUUGCUGUACCUCUGUAGGGUUUUAUUAAACCAUGUCCAUCCUGUAUUGUUUACACUUGAGCAUUAUUUAACUAUGUAUUAUUUGUGCAGUUUGCAGUUCUCUGUUCUGUCAGGAUUAUGUGAACUUUAACAGGUAGGAAAAGUUUUGGAGUGUGUGGUGUCCUCAUGGGUUUGAGGUGAGUUUGGGGAGGGAGGAGAGAGGAAAGUUAGAUCCAUUCGUGUAUUUUUCCAUUUAAUUAUGUACACAUUUUCACAUUAGAUGAGACUGAAUAACUGAAGUUACAAUUGAACUGUGAGUAAAAUCAGUGGUUUGGGGGUGGGGGAAAUGAAGGGCUUGCAGAACUUCAGGCAAAAACCCUUUAGUUGCACUGUGGUACAACUGCCCUGACUGCCUGUGCAAAGCAUAGCCCGAGGGGACACAUCAGACCCAUCAAUUUUUCUGGUUUUACUUUCUCUUCUUGAUGUGUUGCUGCAAGGUUUGCUAAGUAGGACCUUCCCAGGAAUGUCUAUCAACUGAGACUUGAGUAUUUUCAUUUUAUGUUUGUAGUUUUAAUUUUUGUUCUUGUUUCUGUUUCGUAGGAGAUCCCACAUGUUCACAGGUUAGUGUAAGUGCAGGCUUUCAGGUGUAGCACCAAGUGAGCGUUUGAUGCAACCAUGCAUUCUGUAAUUAAAAUGUGCAAUUCUAAUGGCACUUUGACCCAUUGCUGAAACACUGGGUUUUGCAAUUGAACAAACUCAAAAAUUGAAAACACUCUGUGUCUUCAUUAGAUGUCUUGAAGGUGAAGCAAAAGGCAGUUACUCCAGUUGUACCCAUGAUAAUUUGAUUUGAUUUUUUUUAAUAGUUGUAUGGUCUGUUUUUACAAAAACACUCAUUUCUUGGUUCACUUUAGUUGCCAUAAAUUGCCCAGUGCAGAGUCUGGUCCACCUCCAUUCGUUUAUUUUCAUGGAGUAGUUGCACAAAAACUGGUAACAGCAAAGUAGGAAAGCUCUUUGGUUACUCACCAGUAGCUUCCCUUGCAGAAUUACUUUGUGGCUCACACAUGGUAUGGAAAGGGACACGGGAAUUUUCCUGGAUUCAGUAGCACUCGCUUUGUUUACGUGUUCAGUAGAACAUUGGGUGACUAAAGGGAGGCUCCCUUUUUAAAGUAUUUGACUUGUGCUUUGAGGACUUAGUUGCCACUGUGCAAAUUGUGCUGUAAUAUUGUACCAAGGAUCAGUGAAAGUGUUUUAUCUUUUUUAAUGUCGUUUGUAUUUGACCGGGUUUUAUAAAUGUAAGAAAACAGAGUGUUGUAUUUUGAUCUGAAAUUUGCGUAUGGUAAAAGUAACUUUGCUUUAUGUAUUGGAGGUUUGUUCAGAACUUGAAUCAUUUUAUAGAAGGGUACAGACCAAAAUUAAUUGUCUUAAAGGUGUUUAAUAAAUUAACCAAAUAAAACAUUGAUUGUUUGAAAACUUG